AAACACGUUUUUGGAAAAUUAAAUUUUCAAAAUUAAAUUGUUCUCAAUUUUUGUUGCUGUUUUGUUGAUUAUUUCGAGAAAUUAAAUUGUUAAACAUUUUUCCUGUUCUUUUCUAUUCCUCCAGAUCUUGUAAUUGUCAUUGAAUUUGUAUUCUUUUCAUCAUAAGUUACCUAUUGAACCACCACAUGGUUUAUUUUUGAAAUUUGUAUCAAAUUUAAUUGCUGUUUAAUUAUGAGCCGUAGAUCUCGAGAUCUUUUGUCAUUUGGGUCUAAUACUUUGUCUGAUUCUUUAUUGGUUGUUAACAAACCCUCGUCUUCCCGAAAGCGACAAAAACGUGAAUUAAACACUACUAAGGUUGAGUGUGAACUUUUACCUGCUAUUCAAAAUUUUCUUGCCAAGGUUAAAGCUGAAGCAAACAAAGGCCUAGAAGAUUGUACUUCAUCUUCUCAAGGGUCAACCUCUUCUUCGGGUUCAUCAGCAGCAUCAACAUCUACUGCCUCAUCUUCAAUCAUACCCUCAGGUUCAUCUUUCCAUUCAGCCUCGACUCAUACAACUACAUCAUCUUCAUCGGGUUCAGAGGAAACUACUUCAUCCUCCGAAGAAGAAUCAAGUCAACAAGUUGAAUUAAACGUUCUAUUCUAUAAACGUGAUCAUAAUUCCUCCGAUUCGAGUAGUAGUUCCUCUUCUGAAAGUGAUUCUGACACUGAUUGAUUGGACCCACAUAAUUACAUCUCUUACCAACCUAAAUCUAUCUUCUAAUUUGACUUUAUAAUAUAUAAUUUUUCCCUCUAAAUAGUUAAUAAUUUCUUAUAUAAUGGAGGAUUAUGAUAAUGAUCCUGUUCUCAAUAAAUACAAGUUUCCCACUCCAGCAAGAGGAUCGGAUGCCAAACGAUUAGCAGCUCUUGAUUCAAAGUUUGAACAGGAAAAAGCUUCAAAGGAAUUGAUCAAAAGUGCCUUAUCUGGAAAAUUAGUUAAUAAAAAGAUAAUUUUUGAUAAUCCAGUUUCAAAAAAGCAGAAAAAACCUGAGCCCGAACCUGAACCAUCUCUUGCAAGUAAAAAGCUAUUCGAUGAUUACGAUGAUGGCGAUGAAAACGAAUCAUUUAAAUUGGAUAUUCCCUCAUCAAGAUUUAAUAGCUCAAAAGAUUCUAAAAUAAUUCAACUUCAAUCUCGAUUCGCUCAUGAUCCAAGGUUCAAAAUUGAUGACAAGUUUGUUGAAGAUGACGAAGAUUCCAGUUUUCCUAAACGUGGUGGCAAUAGAGAUCGUAAAACUGAUGAUGAUUCAGAUGAUUUGAACAAGGAGAAGGAAAAAGAUUUGGACAUUCUCGAGGAAGUACUUGGUAAACCAUUAAAGAGAAAAUAUAAACACCCUGAAGAGAAACAAGUGACCAGAUCAAUCAUUAUUCCUCGUUAUGAUCCAACAAAACCCGAAUCACAAAAAUUUAAAAUUCGUAAAGUUGACAAACUUGAACCCUAUCAAUUACCCAAUGAGGAAGAAGAUGAACCAAUGGACAAACCAGAGGUCAGCAAGAAAAGAUUUUACGAAAUUAGUGAAACUUUCAAAAAAGAUUUCGAUGAUGAGCAAAACGAUGGUCAAGCUUUCAGUUUAACCGCAAUGUUUGGUCGACCUGCAGCCGAUAUACCAGAAAUUAGCGCAGAAGUUGGUACCAUAAAAGAGAAACGAAGCAAAUCCCAUGAUACUAAAACCGAUGAUGAAAAUUUCAAAAAAUCGAAGAAAAAAUUUGAAUCAGCUAAACAAUCAAUUGAAAAAGUCGAUUCCAGCAAAGAAGAUUCUGAUUCUGAUUCCAAAGGAAAAAAAUCAAAGUCUAAAAAGAAAUCAAAGGAAAUCCAAUCAAUUGACGAAAAGAAAUCCAUCUAUGAAUCUAGUGGUGAAAGAAAACCAAUUGAUUUAAAAUCAAUUAAAUCAAAUAAAAGUAAAGUCUCCAAUCCAUUGUUGAAAUAUGAGCGAUUCUUUUUCGCCGAUAACGAUGGACGAUUGACCAGUAAUUCCUUUUACAAUGUUGAUCGAAUCAAAACUCACACAUCAUCUUGGAAAGAAAAGAAAGUCGUCAUGUCAACAGCUCUCACCAAGAAACGCCGACAUUUCAAGCACGUUUCCAAAUUGAAAUCAGCAUUGGAAACGGGAGAUUCUCGAGACAAAGAUUUACGAACUAAAUAUCGAGUCUACAAGGAGACAACGAAGAAACAUUGAUUUAGUUUCUCUCUCUCUCCCAAUUGUAUCUAAUUGUGAUAAUCAACAAUUAAACUUUGCUCAUGUAAAAAGCAAUCAUUUAAUUUUUUUUUGUAUUACAAUUAGUUCUCAAAGGGUUUAUCAAGGUUUAAUUACAAUUAACAAUCAAGGUUUAGGUAAGCCGUUUUCAAGCUUCCUCGUUUAACUAAAUUAAACCUUGAUGAAAAUAAUUUUGAAUUAAUCAUCAUCAUCAUCAUCAUACUACACUUGAGGCAAUUAAACAAACAAUAUUAACUAAGAAAACAUCAAUGUAAACUAUUAAAUCUUAAAUACCUUCAAUUGUAAUUAACCUUCCCGAUAAAUUAAUCAACAACGACAAAGUUUUUGCUAAACUUUCCUUGGGUAGAAAAUUAUAAUUCUCAUAGAAAUUAAGUAAAUUAUUCUAAUAAUAA